AUGAAAAAUGAUGAGCCGGAAAUUAACCAAAUUCGACAAGAAAUUGCUCUGGCCAAUGCCCAGCAAAUGCUCAAGAAGAUCACCGUGAAUUGCUUUAAGAAAUGCGUUGAGAAACCAAGCGUCUCACUGACCAAAUACGAAGAGCGUUGCCUCAUCCAGUGUAUGGACCGUUUCAUGGACUCGAUUAAAGUGGUAACGCUAUCGUAUAGCAGGCGUCUGCAAAAGGAAAGUUCACGCUAACCUCAC